GUUAGAAUUUCAUCAACAUUCACAAUUCCCGUUGGCCAUGGGUGAAAUUCAGGAUCAACUCUUUAUCCUUAUAGGGGCACUAGUGUGUCUGAACUAUCUACUGAAGUGUGUGAAGUUCUCCAAAUAUUUUCUCCUGCGUUUAUGGAAUCCAUUGCCAAAAUCUUUCUUUCGAUCAAUGGGAAAAUGGGCAGUUAUCACAGGUGCUGGAGAUGGAAUUGGGAAAGCAUAUUCAUAUGAGCUAGCAAAACAUGGAUUAAAUAUUGUAAUGAUCAGCAGGACACUUGAAAAACUCCAGGCAGUUGCAAAAGGAAUUGAGCAAACAACAGGUAGUCAUGUAAAGAUCAUACAAGCAGACUUUACCAAAGAUGACAUAUAUGAGAACAUCAAAGAGAGCCUUCAAGGAUUAGAAAUUGGAAUUUUGGUUAAUAACGUUGGAAUGGUCCAUAAUUAUCUCCCAAGUCAUUUCCUUAGUGGACCAGAUAAAAUACAGAACCUGAUCCACUGCAACAUCUCUUCUGUAGUUAAGAUGACUCGCUUGAUUCUGAAAGACAUGGAAAUAAGGCGGAAAGGAUUGAUUCUGAAUAUCUCCUCAGGGGCCGGUCGAUUCCCUUGCCCAUUAUAUAGCCUAUACUCAUCUACAAAAGCUUUUGUAUGUACAUUUUCCAAAGCCCUGCAAGCUGAGUAUAAGGAGAAAGGAAUAAUUAUACAGGUGGUGACACCUUACUCUAUUUCUACCCCAAUGACAAAGCACAUCAACCCCAACAAAAUAACGAAAUCAGCAGAUGAAUUUGUUAAGGAAUCCUUGGAUUUUGUUGCAGUUGGAGAUGAAACUUGUGGUUGCCUGGCUCAUGAAAUCUUGGCACACCUCUUAGACUUGAUUCCUUCCUGGGUAAUCUACAGCGAUCUGGUUCAAAAUAUCUUUCUGAUCCAUUGCACAAAUUAUCUAAAACAAAAUUCUAAUAUCCAAUAAGUAACUCUCGGGGAGGAAGUCAAUGGAUACACCCAGCAACACCACUCUUGGUGGUUGCCUGAAGACCAGCAGAAGCCGUAGUCCUCACUUCACUAACUUGAAGUUGCUGCUAGUAGACCUUGUAGAUGUUUAAAAUAUUAAAUAAUUUUGCUUCUCCUCGA